GACAGGGACUUUGAUGUGAAACGGAAGGGAGGCGGCGAUAGAAAGCGAGAGACAGGAAGGGCGCCAGAGGGCCAAAGGGCAAUUGAAGGGGAAGGAGAGGGGAAGGGAAUAGUGUGCAAAUUGAUAUUGCCGAGCAGCAUGGAUGAGGAGCACGACGACGAUCAAAUAAUAUGAGAUUAGAUGGGGCUUUAGAGCCCCGGCACCGUCACGGUCACGGUCACGGAGCUGCCAUCCUCAAGGGCCGCUUCCAUGGUGUUGCCCCACUGAGGCGCGAGACGCGUGAAAAAUGUGAGACAAAGCGAAACAAACAAGCUGACGAAGACGAUGAUGCAGCCACAGAUGCUGAGUGUUUGACCAGCAGCAACAACAACACCAGCAGCAAGAGGACAACAAUCAGCAGCAGCAACAACAGCAACAACUGCCACUGGCCGCUGGCAAACAAAGCCAACUUGGACUUCAACUUUGAGGGCAUCUCCACGGCAAGAGCAACAGCCCCAAGAGCUGGAGCCCGGGCCACUUCUUUGUGCGACGGAAACGUGAAACGCUCCUCCAUUGUCGCCACCCUAAAAAAGCGUGCCCAGCCAUCGUUAAUGCUAAUGGCCGCCACUGAGGGGCCAAAGAACCCCAUUCCGAACCCGGACCCGAAUCCGAACCCGAACCCGAAGAAAAGCAUUAGCAUGGGCAGGAGCGGGAGCGGGAGCAGGGGCAGGCGCCAAGGCAUUGGCCCGGCCCUGGAGCGAGGUUGGGCUAAGGAAUGGGAUUUGGGCUUGAGCCGGCACUGGAGCUGUGACUGGGGCUGGGGCGCUCCCCUCAGCACGUUUGUCCUGUGCCUGAUUUCCGUCAUUGCCCUGCUGCCGCCUCUAACGCUCGGCGAUGACGGUGAUAAUUUCUUUGCCGUAAAUGCCUUCAGCGCGGGACCGGAGACGACAACCCCAGAGUUCGAUUAUGCCAGCCGCGGAGUGAAGAAGUUUGGGGACAAGUGCGAUAACACCUUGGAGUGCGGUUUCCCCGGCUCCAUAUGCGAUCCCAAGAAGAAGUCCUGCCAGUGCACCGAGGAUCUGGCCGUCACCAAUCACUAUGAUAAAUGUGGCAAAGAGGCCGCCGUGAACGAGUCCUGCUUCUUCAACGAGCAGUGCGAACAGAAGUACUUUCAGACGGAGUGCCGCGACGGACGAUGCGCCUGCCGCUUCGAGAUGUCGCCCGUUUGGGGCAAGGAUGGCACUGUGGAGUGUGCAGGGCGCCAGGACAAGCGGGGACCCGAGACCUACAUCGAUCCGGCCAUGAUUGGCGUGCUGGUAGGAAUGGCAUUGAUGUUUAUUAUUAUUUGUGUCGUCCUGCGAUUGUUUAGCCAAGCCCGCUGGCAUGAGAACCGGACCAUCUUCAAUACGCCCAAUCCGCGCCUGAUGAACGUCUCGCUGCUGCGCGACAGCAAGCUGCUCCACGGGCAGGAGCGACGAGGCUCCCGGAUGUCGGUGCGCGCCCCAUCCCGUCAGCCCAGCAUGGCCUCGCUGCGUCCGCACUCGCCCAAUCCGUCGCUAGGUAAGACAGGUUCCGAUGAACACGGCAACGGCAGCAACGCCUCGGGCACAUCAGUGCGGUCCAAUCGCAGCAAUUCGGUGGCUCCCGGCAAGAUUUCCCAUCAUGAGCGCCACGGAUCCGCACAUCGCCAGCACCACCCCCAUGGACACCAGCAGCAGCAUCAUCACCAGCAGCUGCAGCCCCAGUCGCAGCCGCAGUCGCCGCAGGAGCAGGCACUGAUCACCAACAUCACCACCAAUCCGGUGGCCGAGAGCGUGACCGUCGAGAUCAUCGAGCCGGGACAGAAGUAGGACGAGCAGCAGCAGCAGAAGGAGGAGGCAGAACAGCAAGGCGAGGAAUGGAGCAUGGUAUGCUAGACCAGAUUAAUGGCGAACUCUCUGACACGAACACUGAACACUGAACACGAAUUCGAAUCGUCGAUAUACGAGUAAACACACACACACAUACAUAUAUGCGAUGUACUUAGUCACGAUAUAUGCACGCGAUAAUAAGGCUGGCUCCCCCGGAUGGGCGGGGCUAGGCCCGACACUCACACAUGAUGCCAUUGUUAGACUCUUUUUGACACAGACAAUUUUUGCAAUUAGUGGAAAAUUUUUGAACCAAACCAAUUAUAUACUUAUUAUAUAUAUAUUGUACGAAGCAUAUAACAACUUUUGCUGACACCCUCACACAUACACCCAAGAAAAGCAAAAACAAAAACAAAAACAAAGACAAAAACUAAAACAAAAACAAAGAAAAUGCUAAUGAAUUACUAACGAUAUAUGCAUAUAUAGCGAGCAAAGCGUACAUUGAACAGAUAUACGCGACUACACCGUAAAAAAUAUUGAAAAAAACCUUGCAUAACAAAUUCAUACUAAUCUUUUUUUUCAACCAAAAAAAAAGCAACAAAAAACAAACAAAGAAAACCAAUGAAGAAAACUUUAUUCAUUUAUAUAAAAAAUAUUGUAAUGCAGUUGAACUAUAUUCUAAGCUUUGGGUUGAAGGAGGCUUUAGGAAACAAAACAGAGAAAGACCCACUAGGCAUAGAGAAACGAAACCGUAGAGAGACCCUAGUGUCAGGCACUCAGAUCUCAGAUCUCAGCUCGUAGCUCGUAGUGUUCUAUAACCAAUCAAUCUCAAUUGGUGUGACGUGACCCCCUUUUCGCGGAGGGUCAGUGCGGAAUCAUUGCCAAAAACGAAAUGAAUUCGGAUUAAACCAAAAGCAAUUCGCUGAUACAACGCCUUAUCUAUACUCGUAACUAUAGUGACAAGCCGACUCAGAUCGCGACUGAGCCACGCCUCCAAUUGCCGCUCUAGCUCCCACAUAUGGAUGUUAGCCCAAGAUGGAAAUGGUAGGAAACCAAGAUGAAGAAAUAUUAAACAACCUCGGGACCAUAUUUUAUAAUCAAAAUAUGCGUUUCAUUGCGAAGCACGCACGUUCAGAUUAUCCUUGUUUUCAAAUUUCAUUUCUCUCGCUCUAGGGAUUGAGAAACGGCAAGAUCGUACCUAUAUUUUUACCAACUUUUUGCCAGCAAAAAAAGAGCAAAAGUCUUAGGGAACACACAGACACACACACAACACAAAAUGAUACUAAGUAUAAUGAAUAUAUACAAUUAAUGCUAGCAGUACGCACACACCCUAUACAUAGAAUCUAAAUUGACUUCCAGUCGAAUAAUGCCUAUUAUAUUUUGACCUAAGUUCUACUACUACGACCCUGUAAACAAUUUGUGCUAAAUUUGGUUUAACAGCAAUUUCCACCACUCACCGAUCGGGAUCGAGGCCGGGGGGGACCUGGGAUUGUGCAUUGGGCUAGCCGGGAAUAGGGGAAGAUUUUCGGGUCUGUCCAAUGCAGAGUUCGAAGCGGUGCCCGCUGAAAGAUGAUCUCCAAGUUAUAGCCAUAGUAGAUAUAGAAGUUUGAGAUCGAUAAGGUUUAGUUGUUGCCCCCAGACACCAUGGAAAAACAGAGAACUCUCAUUUGCUUUUGUGCUCAAUCAAAGAAGCUUAACUGUGAGAAUAACAAAACGAAUACAAGAUACAAAUAACUGUAGAGCAAGAAAAUAAUCUUAAAAUGCUUGAGAACUCUAGCUAAACAAUUAAAAUUAGUGUAACUCUAACGACGAACAACAAAAAAAAAACAAAGCAAAAACCAGAACAAUUUUAUUAAAGCAUCGAAUUUUUCUUAAAAACCAAAAAA